CAUUCUCGUAAUGGCUGCCGUCUGGCGUUGUCAGUGAGUGCGGGUGCCCGUCGUGAGAAGUUGUUACAUCGGGAAGCUCCGAGAGUCGCGGGACCUCGAACGCUAGAACAGACGCUAGCGCGUGUACGAACGUGGCGGAGACACGAUUUAGUGCGGUGCUCGGUGUGUCAUAUCGUCGUGACUCGCGCCGGCGGCGAUUUAAAAGCAGCGACUGCAGCUAGUGGUGUGCUACCCUCUGCGUCUCUCUCUGUCUCUUUCUUCCCUGUUCGCUUCCUCUGUCUCUCCGACGUUUAUCUGUUUACCGGACGCAUCGACUGUGAAGAGUGUCGGCGAUUCCUCCGAAAAUUGCGUCUCACCUGUCUCGUCGCCUCUCGCGGAUGUGUGGGGACGCGCCACUGCCGACGCAACGACAUCGCCGGGCUCUCGCGUAUCCCGCGAUGAUAAACACAUCGAGUGACAACGUGCGCGAGUGAGAACGGCCGUUCAUUCGUUCGUUUCGACUCGUCCGUCAUCAGCCUGCGAGAGCGAGCGUUGCCGUUUGCUCGCGGUCACGGGCUCAAAUUCUCUCUCACGUGGUUCAAGGUCGUCUAAAAGCAUUCGGACGUCAGGAUCCUUGCGGCGCCAACUGCGAGACACGACGCUUUCCACGGCGGCCGCGUCGCGAAAAUUCUCCUCGACUACUCGGAGCACAUCCGAGAGCUUCCUCGGACCACGACGACGAGAACGACGACGAUCACGUCGACAACGGCGUCGACGAGGAGAACAACGCGACGGCGACACUCCGUCGCGUCGACUCCAAGUGUGACGAUAACGAGGACAAAAUUCGCCAAAACCCGAUGAUUCGAAGACCUGAAUCAGCCGGCGAGUCGUCCAUUGGCGACGAGGAGAGAAUCGUGUGCCAAGUUCCGGUACCGCGCUCUUCCUACGCGCCUCGAACGUGACGGUCCCGGAGCACAUCGUGAUUCCCAGGAUAACGUUCGUUUGACCGACUGUGAUUUCGACGCGCGUCGUCACUGCCAAAAAGAAGAGAGAGAAUAUAAUAUAAACGAGUCGAAAGUGCUCGUGUCUUCGCUCCUUACGAGUCCCUGGUCUCCGCUUCCUUCUUCGCCUUCCUCCGAUCUGUUUCGAGAGAGAACGAGUGUCUUCCACGUUGCGCCAGAAACACACAACUCGUUCUAUCGUCUCGAGACCUCCACGUCUUCCCCGUCAGCUCUUCAACGUCUUUUGCGCCAAGGAGACCGCUUCUUCCUUUGACUUCGACUUGAUCGGUGACACGAGGAAACAAAGGAGGAUCGAUUUUUCAUUAGCUUAUCGUCAACCGAGACAUUGCGACACCUCGUUUCGAGAGAGAAUGUUUGUCGACCAGAUCGCGAACGCGAUCCGUUAAUCAGAUCGCAACCGUAGUGUUGCCUCCGCGCUUGCUCGCGGUUCUAGCAGCCCUGACUAACUUUUCGCUGCAGGACACCGCAAAACGACGCCGUGACGACGACGACCGUCGAGAGGUGCGUCGAGCCGGCCGCGUGUGAUGCGGCGCACGCAGGGCCGCCGUUGCCUCGCGUCAGCUUGCGCGACCUCGCCGCAAUAACGGCGAAGAUGUUCGGGAAGGUGCCGCCGUCGAACACACCAGGUCCACCUAACGGAAUGACUCCGAAGUCGUGCGCGAGACCGGCUGGCACAGCUUCGUGCUUGCCCUGCUUCUCAGCGGAGGAGACGCCGAACGUGGGCGUCGACGACAAGGCUAGACCUUGGCGGCCAAAAGACAAUGUCGUCGACGACUCGGUGGUCUUCGAGGCGCCAUGCAACACUCUGCAGCCACCAGCCGCUCCAACGGAAUCAUCAUCCGCGGUGGAGCUCCUUAGACCCUGCAGGACCGAGACGACCACCUGCGUUUCUACCUGCUCCAAGACUAUAUCGACCAAGUGUACGGCUAAAGAAGCGUCGCAGAUUGGCAGGAACCAUAAUAUCAACGCUAAGAUGACCUCUGGAUCAUCGUCUUUAGUCGCUACUGCCGCACAGAAGUGUUCCUCUGUUCAGAGUUGCGUCAGUUUUUCCAAAACCGCGACGUCCUCUGCCGGCAAGUCGCGAAGGUUACAAUCUACCUCGAUCUCCGGCAAUCUUAGCAUUGAAUCAUGCCCGAGGGAUUGCGCGAAAGCUACCAAGAAGAUCGUCGCUGUCAGCCGAGAGUCCGCGAAUGGCAAGGAGCAUCAGUUGGGAAGCAGAACGACAUGCAAUGAACAGCAGCAACUCAAGUUCUCUCAGGGAUACGCCGUUUCGACGGUCAUGAAGCUAUCUUCCACGAGGUCUUCCGAGGUGAUUCAUCCAUCAUUGAGCGGAAAGAGGUCCGAUAAUGAAGAACUUGUCGCGGACGCAUCCGUGAGUUACGCGUCCUCAACGAAUGACGCGUCUAACGCUCCGAUCGUGAGCGACGUGUGCGCGCAUCAGAAGUUGUCACCAAGGACGACGGUCGACGCGAAGGACGGCACCGGCGAUUCUGCGAGUUCGACCAGCACCUGCGAGGACAAUUCCUGCGUGGAUGACUUCGUCACUUCGACACCAUCCAAGGACUGGACGGGAGUCAACAACGACGCGCCGCAGCAAAGCUGCGCGUCUUGCCCGCCGCCGCAGGAUCUGCCGACCGAAUUGCGGUCAUCCUCGCCGCGUAGCUACAAGGAACGGGAAAAGUGUCGCGAUCCUUGGCGACCCACGGAGAUGGACGGCGGUGUGCACGGAUUGAGCGUGUGCCCGGGCGAGACGUUUCAGGACUCGAGCUCGAAGAGGCGUACCGGCGCGUCUUGUCAGGCGCUCAGGCAUGCCGUCGCCUCACUCAACCGCUUGGACGACUUUUACAUGGAGAAGAUCGGCGCGGGCUUCUUCUCGGAGGUUUACAAGGUUACGCACAAAGUGACGAGUCAGGUGAUGGUGCUAAAGAUGAAUCAGCUGCCGGCGAACAGGCCGAACAUGCUCAAGGAAGUUCAGCUCAUGAACAAGCUCAGCCAUCCGAACAUACUCAGGUUCAUGGGAGUGUGCGUGCAUGAGGGUCAGCUGCACGCGUUAACGGAGUACAUCAACGGCGGCAGCCUGGAGCAACUGAUCAUGUCGCGGCACACGCCGUUACCGCACCUCGUCCGGAUGAACCUCGCCAAGGACGUGGCCCGCGGCAUGGCCUACCUGCACAGCCGUGGCCUCUUCCACCGUGACCUCACGUCGAAGAACGUUCUGAUAAAGAAGGACGAGUGCAGCAACGAGAUGAUCGCGGUGGUGGGCGACUUCGGUCUAGCCGCGAAGAUACCCGACCCCAGCUCGGGCUACCGGCUCAGUACGGUCGGUAGCCCUUACUGGAUGUCACCUGAAUGCCUGAAGGGGCAGUGGUACGAUCAUCGAUCCGACGUAUUCUCAUUCGGAAUCGUAGUGUGCGAGCUGAUCGGCCGGGUGCCGGCGGAUCCGGACGUGUUGCCACGCUCAGAUAACUUUGGCCUCGAUUACCUGGCCGUGGCGGAGAUCUGCGCGGCCGCUGAUCCGCCGCCCGCCUUCCUGCAGCUCGCCUUCAACUGCUGCACGUAUGAACCCAAGUCCAGGCCGACUUUUCCGGAAAUCACGAGCAGCCUGGAAACCAUGAUAACGGCCUGCGAGGAGGAGCUGAAGAGCAACAUCGGUAAACGGCAGUCGACUGUCGAUCCGACGCUGAUGUCCAGCAUGGACGAGAUCGUGCGCGAGGGACGUACGACGAAGCGACGCACGGCAAAGCUCAGGAGUCAGUCGGCGGACGCGAGAGGCUGCGAUAACGCGACGCCCUCGGACAAGGCAAGGUGUCAUUCCGCUAGACGGGUGGCCGAGCUUGCCAGCAGAAGAGACCCGCAUUAUAGGCCAAUGACGGCGAAUCCGUUCCACGCAUUGGGUGGCGUCAAAAAGAUCCUCGGCGACCUGUUCUCCAGCUGCUUGGAGUUACCUUCUCUCGAAGACGUGCGGCCCAGUGUGACCGACGGAGCGUGCAAAUUCAAGCCGGCGCAGAACGACAGCAUAGCCAAGAUCCUGGACCGGAAGAAGCCAAACUCCGAGCCGAGUAGUCCAACAGCCAGGAAGAAGUGGGAGAGAAAGGUCGCUACCAAAGUAGGUGCUGCGAGUCUGUUCGCCCAUCCACUGUUUCGAGACGGCUGGGAGCCACGAAGGCGCGGCAGCUGCGAAUCGGGUUUUUGGAGUUGCGUCGGCGAAGACCUCAGCCCGGAGCCACCGAAUCGGCGACACACGUCAACCCUGAGCAGUUCAGCGGCGAGCAGUCUGUUCCUACUCGACGAUCAUCGGACCAGCUCGAUAUAUACUGACUCUUCCGAGGACAUAGCCAGCUUAGGUGGCGGCGACUCGUCCUGCUGGGAAGAUCGGCUCGGGUCGUCCAGCAAGACCAUUUCGAAGAUCGUCGAGUAUUUUGAGAGGAAGCAAGCGACGGCAGGCAGUUUACGACUAAGCGACCACGGCGACGCCGGUCCCAGUCGACUAACCUUGUUGAGGGCCAGUUUAGAGGGGCCCGUGCCUAUCUCGGCCGCGCAACGGCUGGUAGUGUGCGAAGGUGCCGUGCGCAGUAAACUCGCGUUAUUCGACAAGAAGUGAUAUUACUGAUCUUACGCGUGAGCCGCGACAUUCACCGCUCGGCACCUCGUCGUUUUUCCACGACGCGCGAGCGGUCCGCGCGAGGUCGGCGCGUCAACGUGGAGAAGCCUACUGCGCGAAGCGAAACGCGAUACCGUUUUCGAGAGGAUCCGACAGAGCCUCGUUGUUGUGUCUCGCGGUGAUGGCGAGUAUUCCGGGACAUUAUGCGAUAACGAUAGAUGAUGAUUGCAUACGUUCUCACCUACGUGGAGAAGAAAAUUAGGUGAGGAGGAGAGGAAUGGUAUAGGUGUGUCGGGGAUUAUAGGUUGCAUGCGCAAUUCAUAGGCGGAGGAUAGUCGAUACACGCUCGUGGCGUGCUGACGGACACUUCUCUAAAAUCUAGUAACCUGACUGUGAUGUUUUUUGAUAAUCUACAUACACUAUAUUGAAUUGCACGACUGAAAUCUGGCGAACCAUCAGCACGGGAUUUUUUGUACGUAACAUAAACCAUUUCACAUGAUGCUAUACUUGGCUACAACGAUGCGUCGUUCGGGUGAGAGAUAGAAAAAGAGAAAGAAAGGGAGGAAAGAGUGAAGCAGUAACAGAUUUCACCUGAAAAAAUUGCGCUCGGGUUUUACAGCGCCAAUGUAGCGCCGGCCGCUCGCGAUCGACACGUAUUGCAGUGCCUCGCAGUUCCUAGUUAGCCAUCUCCGUCCUUAUGCGCACGAACCGUGGAUUUUACCGAUCACUGCAAGAGUGGGAGUUCAGUUCGACGAGACGCGAGUUACGAAUAAGGGCGAGUGAUUCUUUUAUUUAAGUUGAUUCUUUUAAUUAGGUUGGCGAAUCGCGCUAGGCCAAAGGUUCUUGUCUCGCAAUUCUUUAUUUUUUUUUUGCGCAUACUGACGCGGUUAGUAUUGUCGACUUUUUGCACUCGUGUUGCUUCCGAUGUAUCGGUAAACGACAACUUCGAUUUUUAAUUAAAAAGAUUUUUUUCCUUUUUAUUUGAAUAUUCUUUUUAAGAUUUCUAACUCACAUCACUGCAGUCGUAUUGCAGCUAUUCUUACGUUCAUUGAAAUAAAUUAAUUUUACGGUAUUACCUCUCGCCCUCCAUACGUCACACACAGUCCGAUGCAUCCGCAGUGAUUUCAAGGAUCAGAAAUCCUUUAAGUUUCACAUUUACGGAGGCCUACGCCGCGCUCGCGUGACUCUUAAUUCGUUUUUUGGCUCAGCAGACCGACGUCGAUGCGGCGCAUAUAAAUUCAUCGACUGCUGCUACGUGCUUUCGCAGCUGUUCGCAGUUUCGCGUGUCACAGCGUUGUAACAAUGCUCGGGACGCGCGGGUACAAAGUGCCGGAGAGAGAGAGAAAAAGAAAAAAAUAACGAUAGUAUAUAUAUACAUAUAUAUAUUUUUUUGUUGGCAGAGAUACACCGUGUCCCGGAUAUUCUUGUUGAAGCCGAGAGAUGUUUCCACUUCGGAAAGAGAGAGAACAUAUGAAACUGAUCUAGUCAGUGUAUUAAUGCGGCGGCCUUACCUUUUGUACGUUACGUAGCGCUAAAACUUAGUGUCUAGGUGGAUAGAUGCGAGCGUGAAUUCGCUGGAAUAAAACCAGGCACCCUUUGGUAGCACAGCGGUUUCUUUUUCUUUUCUUUCUUUUUUUCGGUAUAUUUAUACGAAGGAGAACGUGAGAAUGUAAGAACGCGUGAAACGGUAUGAGUCGCAAGGUGCGUGGUGGUUGGAUAUGUGUAUGUAUGUGUAUAUAUGUGCGUAUACGUUGUGUUGCGAAAAGAAAGAAAGUGUAUACGUCCAAGGCGAUACAUGUAUAUAAAGAUAACUACAACUUUCGCAUAUAUAACGUCAAUCGUUUCGUCAGACGACGGGUCGAACCAAAUCUACGAUUAUAAAGUGAUAGACUAUAAAAUAAUGAUACCUUUUUACUUGUCGAAGUUCGCUCACGGGUUUACUCCAUAAGACUGUGCGUUCUCGUUAAUAGUAAAUGUCGUAUAUAAGUAGGCAAGCUCGAAAUCGCGUCAACGACAUUCGCAGUCUCUUCUUCCUCGUACAAUAGGAUGCGCGCCGUGUACGGAUUCUUUCUUUUCUCCUCUAACUCUCUUUCUCUCUGUUUCUUUUCUUUUCUUUUUUAACACUUUUCGUUUUCGCUCGCCGAACCGGGGCCUUCUAUUUUCUCGAUGCGUCAAUCGGUGUACCUGAACAAUCGCGAAAGAAGGACUGCGAACGAGUUAGUUUUUAAGCGUGCGGACAUAUCAGGAGUGGGCAUAUCCCGUGGUUCAAAUCCCGAUCGUGAAGAAGGGCGAUAAAUGCGUGGCCGAUGAGCUGAUGAUCGGACGUGGUGUACGUGUUGCGUGAAUGAGAGAGUGUGUGAGCGGGAGAAAGAGAACAAAGUGAGAAAGCAGCCGAGUCGGUGGACCGAGAAGCGCAUUUUUAACAAAAAAGAAUGGGUUAUUUAUUUUAAGUAAAAAAACACAGUUAUAUUAAAGAUUAUAUAUCUAUAUAUAAAUCUAUGCAAAUCGUCUCUUCCAUACUUUUUGACUGUUGUCUAGAAUCUACGGUUGCUACCGUUGUAGUAUACACGUAGUCCCAUUUCUCUAGCUGUACAUAUUAUAUUACGACGCGGGGCACGAUAUCGGGCCCCUCGUGAUUUUCCGAGUUUGACGUCGCGAUAUGUACAAUACAAAGAUUUAAUAUAAUGGCGAGCGCUAUUGUGGUAUGCUCGAUUUUUGUGGUCA